AUGUUAUUGUAUUCGAUACUAAUAUUAUUCCAGGUACACCUUGCGUUGACGGCGCGAAUAGAGGCGUUGCAAGGCCGGGUUGCGCCAUCGCGUGAGGAAGGACUAGGGGGACGAGAUGCUAUCCGAGAGGGCUUUGCUUCCACCUUCCGGAGGAUAAAUCCUCACUGUGAGGGUUACCAGACUCUUGCUGGCCCCAAGGGUGUUACGUCUUCAGUAGUUUUACAGAGCCCUCCAGCGUUUGGUCUUCAGCUCGACACAGCUGGUGCCGUCACCUCGCGGUUGAGCGUAAGUACGGCGGCCUUCCCACCCAACACAACAUCAAACCCGACGGCUGCUCGCCCGUCAUCUCCGCCCGAGACGAGUUUUCCGAGGACCUCCGUGAUGGGGCCGGCAGUCACUUUGCCGGACAUCUUCGGGGAGCCGAUUGCAACUGGCCCCCCGCCAUCGUCAUUCACGGUCCAGAAAGAGCACCCAGUACGCCGGCGUGGGAUUGCUGGCUCUGCACCCAUAGGCACGAAUAAAUUCUACGCCAACUUCUUCCUCGGCAACCAGACUGCACCCACGUAUGUACAUCCAUAUUCCGUCUCGUGGUCCAAGGGUCAAGGGGCCACUGGCAGUUGGGGACUAGCGAUUUCGCAUACCGAACUGAGCCAGAUUGUAUAUGGCCCGGCAUCACCGGAAACGGGCGCUGCCAAAUUCUUCUUUAACCCCGUUGGAAUCCAGUCGCUGUGCCUUUCAGCGGUAGAACUGGGACCGAGAACCGUCCUGACAACCGACGGCCUGACUGCGCAUUCAGCAAAUGUUAACCUGCACGUCAACUCCGAAGCCAGCCCCCUAGUAUCAUUCCCCUUAGUCCAGGGCAUGGGAUUCGUCACCGCGGUUUACAAAGGAGGGACCCCAGCUAUCAACUCUGGAGUUCGCUUCAAGGCCAUCACAAAGCCGACCCACGAACCGAGGCCGGGGAUAAGCAAAUUCGUGGUUCAUCUGGAAGACGGGAAACUAUGGCACCUCUACGCGCAUUCCUCAAAGGGCAACACCUUCGACUUAACCCUUAUCAACGACACCUUCGCAAAGGCAGAUACACCAUUUCACGGCAUUAUUCAGGUGGCGAAGGUCCCAGGUGGUGCAGAGACCGUAAUAGAUAAGGCGUCUGGAGCCUUUCCGACUGGCGUGACACUUUCCGGCAUGGCAUCCAGGUCGAAGGGCACGUACCAAUUCGCUUUCCGCAAGGCGGGGAUCUUGAACGUGACGCUUUUGAUGUACGCUCUGCCUCAUCACGUAGACUGUUUCGAUAAGGCCACCCACAAGGCUCUCUCGACAGCGAAGCUACAAACCACCACCAAGGGGUUGGCGAGAGGGGUGGUUGCCGAUUCGUGGACGUUGGUCGAGCCGAACAUGCCGGUUUCCAUGGGAUUUGCCCCCUGGGAUCCUGUCCACGGACCGAAAAGAACGUUGAGCCAGUCCGCAGUGGAGGCCAUCGACCCGGUGGCGGCGAAGGAACUGGCCGAGAGCGUCGAGCGUCAGUCAAACCAAAACUCGAUGUAUUUCAGUGGAAAGGCGCUCGCCAAAUUUGCCGGUAUAUGUUUCGUGGCAAGCGAGUUACUGAAGAACCGGACGCUUGCUCAGUACGGGUUGGCGAACCUCACGGCCGCGUUCAGCCGGUUCUCGGCGAACAAGCAGCAGUUUCCAUUAUACUAUGACGCUGUUUGGGGAGGUCUGGUCUCUUCGGCGAGCUACCUGUCUGGUGACGACGGCGCAGACUUUGGGAACGCUUAUUACAACGACCACCAUUUCCACUACGGCUACUUCAUCUAUGCCGCUGCUAUCAUCGGCUAUCUCGACCCGGAUUGGCUGACGAGACACAACAUCGACUUUGUCAACGCCUUAGUACGAGAUGUGGCCAACCCUUCCGUCUCAGAUACACACUUUCCCGUCUUCCGUAACUUUGACUGGUACCAUGGCCACAGCUGGGCCCAAGGGCUACAUGAAAGUACGGACGGAAAGGAUCAGGAGUCGAGUUCGGAAGACGCGAUGCACGCGUAUGCCAUCAAGAUGUGGGGGAGGACUAUCAAGGACGCGAAUAUGGAGGCUCGAGGUAACCUGAUGCUAUCCAUCAUCGCUCGCUCCCUAAACCAGUACUACCUCUACACCGAGGACAACGACGUAGAGCCGCCCAAGUUUGUGGGAAACAAGGUUGCUGGCAUCCUGUUUGAGAACAAGUGCGACCACACGACUUACUUCGGGGGGAAGAUCGAGUACAUCCAGGGCAUUCACAUGCUGCCGCUGAUACCCAGCACGAAACUCACCCGGCCAGCCAAGUUCGUCAAGCAAGAAUGGAGGACGUAUUUCGAUCGGGGACGGGCGGGCAGGGUGAAGGGAGGAUGGAGGGGGGUGCUGUACGGAAAUUUGGCGACGGUCGACCCCGAGGCAGCGUGGGAUUUCUUCACGCAGGAGGACUUCGACCCUGAGUGGCUAGACGGAGGCGCCUCGUCAACGUGGUACAUGGCGUACUGUGCAGCCCACCCCUUUUCCGAGAGCGCGUAG